GUUAUGUCCCAUAAGGCAUUUCGGUCAACUCACAUGGAAACAUGGCUGUAUUCAUGGACUUGAAUAUUAGCUACACAACCGACAAAAAACGACUUCAGAGUGUUAUUGAAACAGCAGCUCAUCUUGGAUACUCCACCGUUGCCAUUAAUUAUGUGGUUGAUUUGGAACAAAAUAAACAGGAAAUUGGCAAACCGAAGUGUGUGUCUGAGCUUUUUGAUACAUUUCCCAUAGUGCAGGGUAAAUCCAGACCAAUAAAGGUGUUGAACCGACUGACAGUUGUGGCCUCAAGGGCAGCACACUUUAAACCAUUAAGAGAGUACAAAGCCUAUGACUUAGUGGCUGCCUAUCCUAAAACUGAGAAGUUGUUUCAUGCAGCCUGCAUGGAAUUUACUAUUGACAUCAUCUGUGUAGCAGUGACAGAAAAACUGCCCUUUUUUUUCAAAAGAUCUUCAGUCAGUGGGGCAAUUGAAAGGGGUGUGUUUUUUGAGAUAAGUUACACACCUGCAAUCCGAGACUCCACCAUGAGAAGAUACACCAUUGCAAAUGCUCUCAGUCUUAUGGAGACGUGCAAAGGAAAGAAUGUAAUCGUGACCAGUGGGGCAGAAAAGCCCCUUGAGUUGAGAGGACCCUACGACAUUUCCAAUUUAGGCCUACUGUUUGGCCUGUCAGAAGGAGAUGGCAAAGCUGCGAUCUCCACCAACUGUCGAGCUGUCCACUUACAUGGAGAAAAGAGAAAGACUGCCUUGGGUAUAGUACACACUAUGAAGAAUGAGCAGCCUUUGACUGAGAGACAGGAGAAAGAGGAUGUUCCAGCAUCAAAGAGGGCUAAGAUUGAGAUGGCGAAGUAGAAAGUAAUCACUUGUUUGAAUUGUAAUACUUUUUCUUUAUGGAUAGAGAAUGUGUUUAUGUAAAUGCACUUUUAUGAAUAUCCUUAUUUGUGGAAAUGUGACGGUUUUCUAAUAACUGGUCAGUGGUCAUGUAGUUUGUCAUGGAUUAGCAACUAUGAUGAUGCUUGUUCCUUUUAGACAUAGCAAACAAAUUCAGAUGGCAACGGCAAUGCUGUUUAUUUCAUAACGUAAUGUAAAAUAACAAGCAAAAUGUUAAAGGUAAACAUGUAGUAGAACAAUUAAAAUUACUUCAGGAAGUGCAUUAGAAUCAUACAAGCAUUUUCAAAUCCUGUAUUCUCACUGACUACCACUAAAUCAGUUUGAAGCCACCAGCUCACUGUUCUUUUAUAUUAAAGAGAAAUUAAGAAUA